CUUUGAAUUCAGAUCUUAAAGUAAAGAGUUCACCGCGCAACUUGUACGGCAAGAAACUUGUACAGUAAUUUUCCUGGUUUUGUGGAGUUAGAAAGUUGAGAGCAGAAGAAAGAAAACGUUUUAAAUUUCGAACGGAAAAAGGGCGGAAAUUCCAAGUAAACACGGGUUUAUCGCCUUGCACUGAACUUGAGAACUAUACAAAGGACAUUUUUUCCGGUUUUUAAAAUCGAGUGGAAUUGAUUUCGAGUGAAAGGGAGUUUUCUUGGACGUUCGGGAAGAAGUGUGUACGCGUGUCUAGAAAAAACGCGACCCCACGGCACCAGCAGUAAAAGCAACGUCUGCUUGCAUUCCAGUCGAAUCGAAUUCGGUCAAUAGACGAGUGGAGCCACAUUCAGAAAAAGGCAGCAACAACAACACGGUCGCAAGAUUAUUGACCCGCUUCUAUUAUACAUAGGCGAGCCCACAAGUGGUAUAUUACGUGAUAGUGCGGUAUCGGGUUUACAGCUGGUGCUUUCCUGUGGAUUAUUCACUAAACAACGAGACUCUUUGAGCUAAUUCACCAUGGCUUUCAUGAUGCCCGUUAUGAAAAAUGAGUUCGACAUCUACAAGGGUGGGCGUUCUCGUCGCAUUUCGGAAUGUUCAAACGGAAGUGCCUGUCGUUCGCGAAAGGUAUCUGAGACGCGUUCAGAAUGUCCCAGCUUGUCUACAUCGCCAGGCAACGAAUUCAUGGUUGGUUCACCUUCACAUCGUGGCCUUCAGUUCCAGAGUCAACGAAAUGCCUCGCGUGCAUUCUCACGUACCUCGUCCCGUGCAUCACAGAAUUCCUUCGCUACCUCACCGACCAAGGGAAGCCAAGGAUCGAGUCCACCUAAACCGGCAACAAACAGUGGCAGUCAAGGAAGCUUGAAUAAAUUCCACAUGCGGCUAGUGGACAAACUGCGAAAGUCCUUGCGUAAGGACAGCUCAACGGAUCGUUCCUGAGACCCGAGUAACGGUAUCAGGACGAUAACACCCAGAAACACAAGUACCACCUUUAACGAUUUAGACAAUAAUGUGUUAGAAGCAGACGCAGCUGAUGACGCCGCAGUUCUGUCGACAUCUACACAAAAUCUCCUCAAUCAGAAUAUACCGGCAUCGAGGAUAUCCCUCAAAUUUAGGAACCAGAUUAGUAGUCGAGGAGACCUAGAAGAUGCAGAUGUCGAGUCACUGCCACCAACAUCCUCAUCGACAACAAAUCGUAAACAUUCGCGGUACCGCCGCACCUCAGCACCAUCGUCCACACAUAGUAGAAGGCGCGGAACGGCAGGAUCGACCACGCCUACGGCCUCAGUAGAUGACGAUGGGAACGGGAUAGCUUCAUCUUCAACCGGCGACAUCUACUCCAGUCUGGAAGUAGCGGGCGAACUUCACAAGAUCAUCAUGGUCAAAUCGAAGCCUCCGCUACCGCAACCGCCUCUUCAGCGCCUGCCAGGUACCAUGACGAGUCCUUCCUAUGAAGGUUCCACCGCUAACAACAACGGCGACGGUUCCUCUGAGCAGAAUCCUGGGAAGAACAGUGCAGAUCGACCGAAGUCGCGGAAGAUGUCCUUCUUCCGGCGCCUGGGACGCGGCCAAUGCAGUGCUCCAAGGUAGAUAGACGAUUGAGCCCGAAGUUUGCUUGGGACUACUUAGCGACCAACUUUACCAAAAUGUAAUCUUAAGAACGGACGCGGAUGCGAACCGUUAUUUUCUAUAUGUGAACGCAAUGUACGAGUGGCAUAAACUUUUGCUAUCUGCUUACAAGUCACGGAGAAGAUGAAGGCCGCCAACGUCGGCAGGACCCAUUGCACGAGCCUUCAGCGCACCUCUGCAGCCUCCGAUCGCGGAUAUCCCGCCCCCUGUUCUGAACUAAAAUUCGAAGGCCUGUAGGCGUGCGCAUAGCGCAUCAUAAUUUCAUAUGGCGGACAGCGAGCAGGCCUGACUCGUCUAUAUUUGCUGUCGCGUAGCUUUUUGUCUUUCGGGAAAACGCUUUUCUAAAAUAAAUAAGAUCUACCCAAUACGCUAAAUCUUAAGAUACUAAGCAAUCAGAUAUUUCUAAAUUGGAAAAGUAACAUGACAUCGAGUGAAAAGUCGUAAAUCAGUGACGGGAAGAGCGUAAGUCAUGUCUUUUCAGAUCCACUUUUCCAAGUAGCUUUAACUAUAUUUGAAAAAAGUAAGGAAAUGUUUACGGUAAUUGGCUCGAAUCCAAUUUGAAAUUUUUUAUCUUGUUUAUGUACAAACAUAAAUACUUUCUACAUUCUUUGUUCGGUAUAUUUUAUGGAUGUUAUUUUUAAGUUUUUGUAUUUAUUAUCUUGCGUUAUUCAUUAAAGAAAAAAAAAACCUCAAAAUUAAAAAA